CGGGAUUAAUGGUAUUUAAAUUGAUUUAAGCAAUUUUAAAAAGGAUUAUAAUAUGUAAAUUGGAUCAAUGCGCUGCCACCUUCACCUGAAAGCGAGGGAAAAUACAAGCUGUGCGCAGUGAUUGUUCAAGAAUACAGGGAAAUAAAGUACGUUUUUAUAGAACGUAUCCAGCAACGAAAAGGAGCACCCAGCUUAACAAAGCGUCUUCCCUUGGUACCACGAUGGAUAGCAAUACUGACGACAUCGAUCACGUAGGUCUGGACAUGAGACGCCUCUGCCUGAACGACCUCUACUCGGACGUGGACUUCUUGGUAGAGGAGCAGCGGCUGCCCGCCCACCGCAGCAUUCUGGCGGCGCGCAGUGAUUAUUUUCGCGCAAUGCUCUACGGGAACAUGACUGAAUCGAAGGAGCGGGAAAUUCGUUUGGAGGUGCCGGUGGAUGCAUUUAAAAUUAUCAUGCGCUAUAUAUACACGGGCACCCUGCCACUGUCCACACUGGACGUGCAGGGCAUGAUAGGUGUGUUCGGUUUGGCCCAUCUUUACGGUUUGCAGAACGUCGAGGGGGUGAUAAACAAUCAUCUGCAGCAGAAUCUGGCCGUCAGCAACGUCUGCAUGAUCCUGAAUGCAGCGCGCCGAUACAGUAUGAACGAUCUGAGCAAAGAAUGCAUCGACUUUAUGGACCGCAAUGCGUCCAAGCUGCUAAAGCAUCAGUCCUUUUUAAGGCUAUCUAAGGAAUCGCUUGAGGAAGUCCUACGACGGGACACCUUUGCAGCUCCCGAAGUUAAAAUCUUUAAGGCUCUAUGCAAAUGGAGUCUCUUCAAUCCGAGCGUGGACAUCAAGCCCAUGAUGUCACACAUACGUCUCCCGCUUAUGACUGUCCAGCAGCUGAUAUCCGUGGUGCAGCCCACAGCCAAAUUCGAGCUAAACCAAAUAAUCGACGCCAUUGAUCAAAAGUAUACCGAAAAGAAUCUGCCCCACCGUGUUGCCGGCUGCCCCCAUGUGCUGCCGGGAGAGAAACUACCAUUAACAAUUCGUUCAGAGAAUUCAACUAUAUUGGAUCUCAACAAGAUCUCCUUAAUCAACUGCAUUAUCGUGACUACUUAUGGUGGUGGCAAAUGGAGCGUAAGUGUCAAAAGCGUCGAGAUCUGGAAUGAGGUGGGAACCUUCGAAUCGAAGUCCAACGGAAUCACGAUGGAAAUCAACUUCACGGAGCGUCUCGUACACCAAAUUUGUAUCACGAUGCGAAAUGCAAGCCCGAAGGCACAACCUGAGGUGAAGGCCGUUGCCAUGUACACUGUGUAGCCCUGUGAAUAUAACAGCAACGACUCCUGCAAUGAGGAGCAGGACUCUGGCGACCCUUUAAAUAUGUUAUUUCUUUUUAUUUUGGUUAAGCUUAAGGAACAGUAGUCGUAUGAAGUUUC